GAGAAUUUUGGUUGUUUGUUUUUCGAUCCAUCUAAUUGUUUUACUUGCAGAGCGAUUCUCUCCAAUGGCUCUUGCGUGGUUUAUCUUCCUAAGCAUCUUCACUUUCAUUAUACUGAAUGGUCAAUCUCUCGAUGCUCAGAAUGAUAACCGAAAGGUAUAUAUAGUGUACAUGGGAGACAGAGGACAGAACGAGCCUUCCGCGUCAGCAUCUCUUCACAUGAGCAUGCUCCAAAAUGUUGCAGGGAGCAAUAAUAAUGUUGGACCAGGAUCUCUACUCCGCAGCUACAAGAGAAGUUUCAAUGGAUUCGUUGCCAGGUUAACUGACGAAGAAGCACAACAAAUGGCUGAAACGGACGGAGUAGUGUCAGUAUUCCCUAGCGAAAAACAGAAGCCGCAUACAACAAGAUCAUGGGACUUCAUUGGAUUUCCAAAGACAGUAAAAAGAAGUAAAACCGAAAGUGACAUCAUUAUUGGAGUUUUUGACACUGGAAUUUUGCCUCAAUCCCAGAGCUUUGAUGACAAAGGUUUUGGUCCACCCCCUAAAAAAUGGAAAGGCUCAUGCCAAGUCUCGGCCAAUUUCACCUGUAACAAAAAAGUCAUCGGAGCCAAGUUUUACCGCAGCGAUGGUUUAUUUGAAGAGGAAGAUGUUAAAUCGCCGAUGGACACUGACGGCCAUGGGACACACACAGCCUCCACAGCAGCCGGGGGCUUAGUGAGCGGUGCUAGUUUUUUUGGACUAGCCUCGGGCACGGCGCGAGGAGGAGUCCCAUUGGCUCGUGUCGCCGCCUACAAAGUCUGCUGGUCUGACGGUUGUACUGAUGCAGAUAUUCUUGCGGCGUUUGAUGAUGCAAUCGCCGACGGUGUCGACAUAAUAUCGGUUUCUCUUUCGUCCGGUUCUUCAGAUUAUUUCAAGAAUGCCAUCGCCAUUGGAGCUUUUCAUGCUAUGAGAAAAGGAAUUUUGACGUCCGUCUCUGCUGGAAACGGAGGUCCAGACCUAGAGACUAUCUCAAACUUUGCGCCUUGGAUUCUUUCCGUGGCUGCUUCAACCACAGACAGGGACUUCUUCACCAAACUUCAAUUGGGUAACAAUGUCUCCUACAAGGGAUUUGCAAUAACUACAAUGGACCUCAAUAAUUUGCCUAUAAUAUACGGUGGAAAUGCACCAAACACUAAAGAAGGUUUUAGCAGCUCGUCAUCCAGAUAUUGCACAACAGGCUCGUUAGACGAGGGUAUGGUUAAGGGUAAAAUAGUGUUUUGUGAUAGUUUUACGUCUGGGAGAGGACCGCUAUUUGCUGAGGCAGCUGGUGUUGUGAUGUCUGGCCGAGAUCCUGGAGAGACUUCAGAUGUCUUUCCCUUGCCUACAGCGUACCUCACUCAGGAGGAUGGUAGUAAAACUUACAUAUAUAUAAAUUCCACUAGAAACCCAACUGGAACAUUAUCUAAAAGUAAUCAAGAAAUCAAUAAGUUGGCGCCUGUAAUAGCUUCCUAUUCAUCCAGGGGCCCAAACCCAAUUAAUCCAAACAUUCUCAAGCCAGAUUUAACUGCUCCGGGAACAAACAUUUUAGCUGCGUGGUCCCAAGAAGUAUCAAUCUCAGGAUAUCCAUCGGACAAAAGAGUUUCCGCGUUUAAUAUAAUAUCUGGGACAUCAAUGUCUUGUCCACAUGCUUCAGCUGCAGCGGCAUACGUCAAGUCGUUUCAUCCAACAUGGUCCCCUGCUGCUGUUAAGUCAUCUCUUAUGACCACGGCUAAUCCCUUGAGUGACCACCUUCAUCCUGAUGUUGAGUUUGCCUACGGAGCUGGACAAAUAAACCCUAUUAAGGCUGCAUUCCCUGGCUUAGUGUACGACGUCGUUGAAGCUGACUACGUACACUUGCUUUGUGGACAAGGCUACACAAAAAAAUUAUUGCAAAUAGUCACCGGAAACAGUAAUAGCUCAUGCUCUACAGAUCAUGGAACGAGUCCGGACUUUAACUAUCCCGCCUUUGUUACAUCAGCCCCACUUGCACAAUCUAUCAAUAAAGUUUUUCAUAGGACUGUCACAAACGUUGGGUCACCAACUUCCUCAUAUGAAGCUAAGGCGGUUGCCCCUCCAGGAUUUAAAGUUGAAGUGAAUCCUAGUGUCCUUUGCUUCACUUCCCUUGGAGAGAAGCAAUCCUACUCUGUGACCGUACAAGGGACUGCACAUGAGAAAAUUGUGGUGUCUGGCUCACUGAUGUGGGAUGAUGGUACUUACCAAGUGAAAAGCCCUAUUGUUGUCUAUAUGCCAACCUAACGAGUUCGCCAUUGUGGAAAAGAAAUUUCAAAGGAAGUUAUGUUUUGGAAGUAGGCCACUAAUUAAGUAGUAUGGGAACAAUUAAUUAAUAUAUUCAUAAAAUAAAAGAAAGGGAACAACCAAUAUACAUUUUUUUUUAUAUAACUUUCUUAGAAAUUGAGACCCUAAUGAUUAAUUGCUUUCUGUUGAUGAAAUAGCUCCUGAUUUUACUGUU